AAUGAUGCAUGUCAAAAACUAACCAAAUGACCAAUAAGGACCAAACCAACCAACAAGUAGAACAAAAAGGCUGGGUGGCUGGCAAGGGGAGACUUUCUGUUAUAAUAGAAUAGUAGAAUAACUUUUUCUUCCUUGUCCAAUAUAUAUAUUUAUGUAUAUAUUGCAAAUUCUUGCUGCUCUGCUUCAUCAUUAAUUAAGAUCAAUCAAUGGAAGGUCUGAUUCCAAUGGUGUACAAGGCAAUGAAGAGGAACAGAACUCGCCGCCAAUACAGCAGCCUCUCAUCAUCAUUAUCAUCAUCAGCAUCAGCAGCUCAAACUAAUUACAACAUCGCCGACUUCUACAUUGAUCCUAAUCAAACUAAUUACGUCUAUGUGCCACCACCUCCUCCUGCUGCUUCUUCAACUCCUCAUGAUCAUCAUCGUCGUCUAAGUCUCGACACCAUAUUUAAUGUAAACAACAAUGGUGGCUUUUCUACAGUAUCUGCCCCCGUGGAGCACAAGUCAUCAUCGUCCACAAACAACAUAAUCAAUGGUCAAGUAAUUCAACACCGACGACACAAAUCUGUUUCUGUUUCUGUUUCUGCUCCUCCAAAGCAACUUGUCCGGUUUCGGAGCCAUCGACGAAUCUUCUCAUGCAUGACUUGUGGUGUGGUGCCUAGCUAAGAGCUGAUUAACAACGCAUACCACCUGCCUGCACUAUAAUUAGUAGAUAAUAUUUUGAUUAUCUAGCUUAGUUAACUUAAUGUUGUAAUUAAUACCUCUGCACUCUGUUCCUCCAUUGCCUCUGUUUCUCUGCUUUCAUAAUUUCUCCAUCUGCCAAAUGCAAAUCUAUAAGAAAUGUUGUGAUGCUGGCCUCAGGCCUGCCUGCCUCCAAUAAUGAAUCAGAUACCAAGCUUAAUUAGGAUUUUGUAUUUUAUUUCUAACUUUGUAGGAUGAUUAUCUGUUAAAGGUGGACCUUACAUAUGGUAAGGUAGGAUCUUAAAUGUCUGCAAUAUUCAUACCACCAUGCAUGUGAUUGAAUGGAACAUUAAUCCAUCCAUACAAAUUAAACUCAUUUCAUAUGACUCUAGAAACUGGAAAUUGGCAAACUUUGGUCAGUCAAUGGUCGAAUGCAGAUAUGGUACUGAAUAUCACAGGUUUUGUUGUUGAGAGAAGGAAAAACAAAAACAAGGAGUUUUGGAAUUAUGUAUUAAUCCUUCUAUUCUAUUGGAAGGAAAAAGAAAAAGAAAAACA